AUGGAUAAUAAUGAUCCACCAAAACUACCAAUAAAAACAAAUAGCACAUCAAUUGAACAAUUAUUGGAUAGAAAAAUACCGUCUAAUGAGUCCUUAUCGUCAUGUCAAUCUUUAUUCCCUAGGCCUCGAACGAAAUGUAUCAAUGAACAGUACGCUGAAGGUCGAGCGAUGGCAAAAGUUUUAAUGUUUUUAGUUGGUAAGUCUUUAAAUUGGAUUUUAAUCUUAUUAGCAAAUGAACUAAUAAAUAAUUCAAUUUUAGACAGCAGAGAUCGCGACAAAGUGAAUUCAUGGAUAGCAAAGUUAGAUGAAAUGACAGAUGAAAAUGGCCAGUUAGAGCGUUUGCUUUACAUUAAGUAUUUAGUAGAAAUAUUGAGCGGACCCGUUGGCUUAACUGAACCAUUUAAUAUGUUUCCCCCAGAAACAAUAAAACCAUUACGUCAAAUUAUACCACCUAUAAUAUUUGCUGAUUUGUUAGAUGAAAAACAAUUUCAAAAUAGAUCAGAUUUUACCACCCAUAAGGCGGAACCAAUAGAAAAUCAAGAUGACCGAAAAUUUUUUCAACAACAACUUUUUCCACCCAACGGAUUAUUUUGCUAUGCCGCUGCUUUUAGCACCCCGUAA